AUGCAGUCCAACAUUACACUGAAAAUGCAGUCCAACAUUACACUGAAAAUGCAGUCCAACAUUACACUGAAAAAGCAGUCCAACAUUACACUGAAAAAGCCAUCCAACAUAACAUCCAAAAAGCAGUCCAACAUUACACUGAAAAAGCAGUCCAACAUAACACUCAAAAAGCAGUCCAACAUAACACUCAAAAAGCAGUCCAACAUUACACUGAAAAAGCAGUCCAACAUUACACUGAAAAAGCAGUCCAUAAGGAUGUCAGUUGUGCCAUUAAGGUCACCAGAAGGAGGUUACAUUUUGCAUGACAAAAAAUAA